AUGGGUAAGAGAGAUAAUACUGAGAUUGAAAAGUCAAAAGGAAGAGCUGCUGCACGCAAACGUGUCCAUGAAAGACGAAAAAAAAGACGGAUAGAAAGGCGAUUACUUCGACAAGAGAAGCAGAAUUUGAAAGCAAAUGAGCUGGAUGCAGGAUUACAGAGAGCUGUAGAAGAAAAAGAUAAAGAGAUACAAAGACAAAAGGUGGAAAUCGAAGCAUUAAAGCUGCAGUUACAAAAAGAAAAAGAGUUCCGUAAGAAGUCGAUGCAGCUACCUUCAAUACGACCGUGGGACCUGACGGUUAGUCCACAAGAGAUAGGAAAGGGGUCGUACGGAACCGUGUUAAUCGCUAAUUUUGGAACGAUGGCCGUGGUUGUUAAAAAUAUUGACCGAAGUGUAACUACUCUGAAAAUGGCUCAGACUGAAGCUCACUUCCUACACAACCUGCGACACCCCAAUCUGCCACUCCUUAUUGGAGUAGACUUUGAUGCCGUAUCAAACUAUAAAAUCGUCAUGCCACUCUAUAGCGUAAAUGGAUCACCAGUCAAUUUGCUUGACGCUAUGUCGAAGAGACUGGUUAAAAUUGGCGUCCGCAACACGUGGCUUGAUGUAUUGAUACAAAUCACUAAAGCCAUCGACUACAUACACAAGGCUGGAGUACUGCAUAAUGACUUAAAGUCAAAUAAUGUAGUGCUACAUCAAAAUGAUGAUAGCAAAUUGAAAGCAGUGGUGAUAGACUUUGGAAAAGCAUCAUUUAUUGCAGAUGGUUAUGUCUCUUCGCAGUGCAGUAACAAAAGACACAUCGCACCGGAGCCAGAAAAGUCAACAGCAAGUGACAUUUAUUCCCUCGGAUGCAUUAUUAAAGACGCUUUCGGUCUAGUAAAGGUACUCGGCCAGAUUCCUCUACUACAGGAUGUUUACCGAAAAUGUAGAGAAGUGUCUCCUAUAAAGAGACCUACGGCAACCAGUGUUUUCAAAAGUUUGAGAUCUUGCCUUAUAUAG